CAACUCCCUACCUUCAAUCAAGGAUACUCUAUUAACCUAGGCAGAUAUUCUCAUUCUAGGUUAAAGCAGAAACAACAGGAAUUUGAUCAGGAUUCAAGUCAUUCAAUCAUUAAAACCUCAAUCGAAUAUAAUCAAUCACAGAAUCAGUACUUGGGUUCAUACAAUCAAAACCUAACAUACAAAUCUAGGGUUCUCCAUACCCAGAUGAAUGGGAGAACUACUCCAUGGAGAAGAAAGCAAAAGCAGAAACAGACACGGAAUUCAUACUGCGAAGGAUGGAUUCCGGCUCCUGGACGUUGAUCGGCACUUCUCCAAGCUCAAGCUGGCCUCCAAUGGUGUUGAAGAUCAAUCUAGGGCACUUGGGAACUCUUGCUCGUCACUUUCUCUCUCUAGGAACUGAUCUCUCUCUCAAAAACUCGAAUCCCCUUGAAUUGUGGCUGAAAAUCUGCUUAAAAGCAUCAGUGGCCAAAGCACGGUCGAGGGCACGGCCGUGCUUUGCCUGACUCCGCCCGUGUCUCGGCCAGGGCUUAAUUACACGGCCAGCAAGUGGGUUAAACACGGCCGUGCUUCUCAAUGUACACGGCCGUGCUUUGACUGAACACGGCCGUGCUUCGGUGCCCGUGUUUGCAGCUGAAUUGGCCAAACUGAAUUUGCUCUCGGCAUAAAAAGCACGGCCAGCAGUACACGGCCGUGUAAUGCCUUAGGCUGCCUGUGUUUUGGCUCCAGCUCACCGAAAUGACUUCCGAAUGCCCCGAAACUCGCGCUUAGCCUUCCCUUUGACACCUGGGACCUGAAACAUGACAAAAUAGCACAACCCGACAUAAAAUAGGCCAAAACAC